UGUAUAUUUCUACCAUUACUCUUAAGCAUUUGACAUGUUUAUGCACUAGGUGCUAAUGUCUAAUCCUUUUAAAUUGCAGAAGCUAUUAUUAAUUACUAUAAUACUAUUAUUUAAUGACUAAAGUUAGUAUGAUAAAGGCCUAAAAUUGUACCGCUCUACUGUCAUGGGGAAAAAUCUUGCUAGAUUAACAAUCCAAAUGGAGUUAGUUUCUGUUUCACCUAAUUUAAAUCUGGUGUAGGAUUUAAAGUUAGGCACUAUAGUUGAAAAAUACUGGUGUUUCAGAAAAUGUGAUAAUGUGACAAUUGGUUAGUGUUCACGGAUGUUAGUUAAGUUGCUUGUUAAGAACAAGAUGAUUUAAACUGCAGGGCAAAGGCAAGGACAGUUAAUGUAGAGCAGAAACGAACAGUUUAUCACUAGUAGGUCAACAGGAAAUGUAUUUGUAAUGAUUUUGAUAAACAAUUAGUACAUUAAGUAAUUUUUUAAGCAACAAUUCCAAGCAUUUGAUGGUUCUUGAUGUGAGAAUUUACUGUUCUUGUCUUGCUUAUGGUAAGCCGAAUAUCUUUGGGUUGUACACCUAUCUUAUAGGAUCAAGCAAUUUACAGUUUUCUUUUAGUAUUCAAAUGAACAAAUAAUAGAUGAAAUAAUCUGCCGAUUCAUUGAUAAUUUAAAAAAGCAGUCGCAGCCCUAGACAAUAUAAAAGUAGAUACAAUAACCUAUAAUUCUUUAAGCAUACACUGUAGCUGAUAAUGUCUUGUUAUUCAGCACCAUAUGUGCACAAGGUGAUGUUCAAGUUAUGAAAUGUUCUUUCACGUAUCUUGUGAACGGGACACAUGUACACCAGAAGAUAUAUUGUGUUUAUUUGUCCAAUAUAAUUGUCCCCUUAUUUCAGCUUGUAAUUGAAAACAGCCUUUGAUAAGUAUGGCCUUAGAGGAGAGAGAACACAUUUUUAGUAAGCCUUUUUUGUGUUGUUUUCUUUCUCUUCCCUGUAGCAAAGAUCUCCGCCCACACGCACACUCACACAUAAGAGCCCCCCUCGGGACACGUGCCAGCCAGUCAGCCUACUUACUCAGGCAGGAACAAGCACUCCUGUAUGAUGAGGAACAGCUGCUCUUCCUCGCCUGCUCACAGGUGGCUGUGGGCUCGCUACUCUGUCCCCAUUAAUGACACAAAUGCCCCCUCCUCCCCCACUUCCUCCCUUUUUCUCUUGGAGGUUAGAUCACAGCUGCUAAUAAUGAGCUCACAUUGCAUUUGUGUUUUUCAGAUCAGAGGUCCCGUUCAAGGACGACAUGACACAGUACAGACGAAUCAGCCUCCCAACAGUAGCAUUUCCAAAUGUCUUUGUUUUCUUUUUAGAGACUGGUGGUAACAAGUAGAACAGGACAUAACUGGGGAUGUGUGGAGUGAUGAGAUAUAUAUAUAUAUAUAGGUAUUUCUCUCUUUACCAUCUCAGUAUGUCCUCCGUGUUCCAAUUGAGCAAUUUCAAACACACACUGAGUCAGUUCACUUUGUUCCUUUAGGCAGAGUCCUACGCAACACUGCUUUUGCUCGUGACUUCCACUCACAGGCCAAGCCACACGCUGCCUGGUUUGGGUAAUGAAAUUUUUUUAAGGUUCUGUAAUCAUCUUGAAUAUGAUACAGGAGAGUUUUGGGGUUGUGUUGUACAACAGCUUUCUUCUACUGUAAAUACUACCUUUGUAAAAACCUAACAUUGAUACUGUGCAGCGAAGGCUGAUUCAACUUAAUUUAUGUUUGUGAUGGUGCCUAUAUGAAGUGGACAAAAUGUUAGUAACCUCCAUUUGUUGCACUACUUUGAUCUUAAAAAAAUAAUCAGAAUUGAAAUGGCGCACAAACAACUUAAAGAUGCCCUCCAGACAUGUUUUAAGACGUUUCAAAAUACUACUUAAAUACUUCUGAAAAUUAAUAAAUGUGAAGACAGCCUUCUAGUGUCAAACUGCACAGUGAAGGUCGAACAUCCAAGUGACAAAAUUACACAAACAUUUUUGAGUGAAGGUGCAACUAGGUCUCACCAAAAAACUGAUUAUUUUAACUAGGGAGGUAUUUUGAGGGGCUGCAGGGCUGUUGUAUUGCACUACAUUUUGGAGGUGUUUCUCUUUUUUUGCGUCACUCAGUGUGUAUCUGAGAACUAGGCCAGGGCAGUGUAAACAUCUGGCUCAGUCCAGUGCUUGCUGCCUGUUGAGAGCCAUGACAGAUGGAAAGGGAGCGUAUGGCUCCAACACUUCCAUCUUUGACCGUGCCGGCAGUUGUCUUCCCAAAAUAGCCUGCACUCCACGGCCAUAUAUGUGCAGGCCGCCAGCAUGUGCCUGAGGAGGAAUCAUGUAUCUAGGCCACAUAAUACGGGCUACAGGCUCAUUGUUGCUGCUUGCCAGCAGGCCUAUCACCGCCACAGGGACGAGGCCUCUUUCUGCCUUGGGACAGCUCACCAUGCAUCUCAGCCAGCUCAACCGUGAAUGUCUCCUCCACCUUUUCUCCUUCCUGGACAAGGACAGCCGGAGGAGUUUGUCCCUCACCUGUCAUCAGCUGCGUAGGGUCUUCCUGGACCCCUGGCUCUGGAAUCUGCUCCACUUCAGCUCCCCAUGUCAGCUGAGGAGGGACAACUUUGUGCUGGGACCCUCAUUGCGCUACUUGACUGUUUGCUGGUACUCCAGCAGGGUCCUGCAAGUGUGUAACAUUGAGGACUGGUUGAAGAGCUCGUUUCAGAAGGACAUCUGCAGUAAACAUGAAAGCCUGGUCAGCACUUUCCUGGCUCAUGUCUGCCACAUGUGUCCCAACCUGCUCUCGCUAACGCUGUCUGGCUGUGGACACAUCACUGACCAGGAUGUGAUCUCCAUGCUGCAGAGCUGCAGGAAGCUGCGCCGCCUCCACCUGGAGAACUGCGUCCGCAUCACUGACAGUAGCCUGGAGGGUGUGGUGGCUCAUGGAGAUAGUCUGGAGGAGGUAACGGUGGACUUCUGCAGGAACAUCACUCAGGCAGGGCUGCUGGCUGUCAGAGAGAAGAGGCCAGGCAUCCAGCUGAGUGCAGAGAGGAGCGCUGAUAUGAUUCCAGACAGCAAGCCUGAGGAGAGGGUAGUGCUCAGGAGGACACUGCAGAAAGUCCUGCAGUUCUCCUAAUGGAAAUGCUUUCCCAUCCUUUUGGACCACAAGGAAGAGCAUUUCUGUAGCAUCUAUCAUUUAAGGACUUGACUGUGAUGUUUUUGUUCUGAUAUGUGUCUGGAUUUAAUACAAGGGUUUUUGCACAAUUUUUAUAGCUUUUUAUACAACACAUGUUGAAUGUGAGUCUUCUUUACAAACGUGCGCUUUUUAAGUCUCUACUCCACAUUAUCCUAACCAGGGAGAAUUCCAGACACACUCACAAUAAAGUCUUGUAGUGUAUACACAGGUGGGCUUAUCAGCAAACACUGAAAUGGAGCAAUUAUAUGAUUCCAUUCUUCAAGGAAUAGUUUGUCAUUUUAGGAAAUUCACAUUCUUGCCAAGAGUUUGCUAAGACAGUCAAUACCAUUAUCACGUCUAUACAGUAAAUAUGAAGCUACAGCCAGCAGCCAGAUAGCUUAGCUUAGCACAAAGACUGGAAACGGGGGGAAACAGCUAGCCUUACUCUGUCCCGCCUGCCAGCACCUCUAAGCUAAAUUAACAUGUUAUAUUUUGUUGCUUUUAUCCGUUCAAAAACUUAAGUGAAAAACAACACUUCGCCAAACUAAUUCUUGGCCAAGAAAUAGUCACCCUGUAAAAUGGUGUCAUUUUUUUAAACUUUGUUUUUUGUAUGAUAAUAUAAAAGAGACAUGUUGAGUUGAUUAGUGAGCUUUAGAGGUGCUGUUAGACAGAUUUUGUUACCUUUGGUCAGAUGCUAGCUGUUUCUCCCUGUUUCCAGUCUUUAUGCUAAAACAUACUAACCGACCAGCUGCUGGCUCCAACUACAUAUUGACCAUUUAUAUGUAAGAGUGGUAUCGAUCUUCUCAUCUAGUGCUUGGCAAUAAGGUUGAUAAACAUAUUUCCCAAAAUGUCAAACUAUUUCUUUAACAGCAUUCAAUGGUUUGAAUAAAAUAUAUAUGCGUGGUUGCACUGUGUGCUCUCUCUCUGUCAUGGUAAGACAUCUGAGAGGAAGGAUUCUCUGAGGGCAAAGUGGCCCGAUGCCUGAGCUGUGAUUGGAUUCAUGUUAUAUAAAGACUGUGAGACAUGUGAAAGUAGGUUGAUUAGGGGAGGGUGUCUGCUUUAUUCAACCCUACCAGGACAUGUGCUUCAUAUUUCUUACGCUGGACUUUCCUUUUCAGGGUCCCUUUGAAAGCAUAUUUAUUUAAUUUAAACUGACUGUUUGUUUUUUUACUUGUUGUGUGUGUUUUUUAACAUAUUUAUUAAAUGUGUCAAAAAAUAUUUUCCAUCGUUUUAAUUAAGUUUUUUUUAAAAACAUAUUAUAAUGAUUGUUCAUGUUGAUUAGAUUAUUGGCAUGCUAAUUAUUACAAUAUUAAGUUUUAUAUAAUUUCUACUAAUUGUGUUUAGUAGCAUCUUAAACAUAAUUAUUAAGAUUUUCAUUGGUGACUUACAUACUAUUUACAUGAUUCUAUGUAGAACCACUACUGAUGCACAGUGAGGCAUUAACAUGUUUGUGUUGAUCCAUUUUUGCAAAAUUGUAGCAACGGUGAUUGUGAAGUGUAUUUUUAAGUGCAGGCUCUUUCUCACAGCAUCAUCCUACGAAGUGUUUUGGGCUAAAUUGCAUUCAGUAACAAUGCCGUAUAUCUGAAUAUACUGUGUACCAUUGUUAGUUGAUCUGAUUUGUGAUAUGUAAUGAACCAAAAUGAACAGAAUUUGAAUUUAAACACUUUGAAUUUUGUGGCCAUCCCAACCCUGUAAGCAUAACAGAAAGAGCUAAGAAAUGUGGGGUUUAGAUUGGUUUGGGCAACAGGAUCAAUUUCAAAAAUGCAAUAGACAAGUAUCAAGAGUACAUUCACAUUUGUGACAAAAGAAACCCCCCAAGGGUGGGUGAGGAUAGUAUAGCAUGUACUGCUUUAAUACACAGUGUUGUGUUGUUUUCUAUCAAAGAAAGCCCCCAAACCAACUAGAUAAAUAUAACUCUGCCAUUGCACAGACAGGCAGAGGGAACAAAUGCUAUAUUAUUUACUGUAAAGAAAUAUGCCUUAAUAGCAAAGUGCUUGUGAGGAUAGAUUGGUCAGAGUUAUGAGUUGCAGGUGGGGAGACUCCGGAGGCACACACAACUGCCUACAGCACUCCAAUACAAUGACAGGACACAGCUCUAGACAUGUAACAACAUGACUAUAUAGAAGCCUCACUCCUCUAGUUGUUUCCACCAGGGGACAUUUUUUUAUGGAUGUAUGAUUAAAAAACUGUUGCAUCUCCUUAAAAGCACUGCUUCUUGCUAUGCAAGCUAUUCAGGCUGCAUCCUUUUUGUAACCUCACCAAAACUAAUGUAACAUUGGAUGACUCCUAAUUUCAGUCUAUUUGAAUUGUGAAUAAAGUAUCCAAGUCCA